CUAGUGUUACCGUUGCUAAAAAAUCACGGCACUAAAGCAUUUUAGCGCAGCGCAACGAAGAAAAUCAAUAACUAAACAGUGAUGUAUUCAUUCGCCUUUUUAAAAUGAGAACGUGACAAAACAUUUCUUUUAAUUCAUCGAAGAAACUAUUUUAUUUAAAAAAAUAUAUCUGUUGAAGCUUGAUGCUCAUUUUUUUUUAUUUAUUUACAUAGUGAUGAAUAUUCUCAUAGUUACGGCGUGGUAGAACAUUCUGCGUGUUUGAAUAUCGCCCUAUCCGCUAAAUAUAACUGUUAAAGAUUAUUGUUGGUUGAAGUAAAAAAUAUACAUUAUACAACACUGUAAUUAUAAGUCAAAAUGGAAGAAAUUAAUGGCGAGCUUUAUGGGGAUGGACUUGUUAGUCUUGGAGAUGAGGGGUCUUUGGAGUCUACCGAUAAUGGAAAACAAGAACAAAAUUGUAAAAUUUGCGACAAUAAAUUAUGCAGUCCCCGCGUGUUGUCAUGCCUUCAUGUAUUCUGUGAAGCAUGUAUCGACAAACUGAUGGUUAAUGAAGCCGGAGAUUCGCUUAAAUUUGAUUUGGCCGUUGAAUGUCCUCUGUGCAAACAAGAAACUAAGAUGCCGGGAGGAGGAGCAGUAUCACUUCCAUCAGACUAUGUCCUUACAAACAUCUUGGAUGUUUCGGCUAUGGAUCAAUCUGUCGUUUGCACAUGUUGCAAGAGCAAGGAGCCAGCAGUCGCUCGAUGCACGGAUUGUUCUCAUUUCCUAUGCGCGAACUGCAAUUCUGCACAUGAGUUCAUGAGGUGUUUCGAAAAUCAUCGCGUUGUGCCAUUUGAUGCUUUACGGUCAUCCAAAGAAAAAGCAGCUGUGCACAAGCCGAUUUUCUGUACUCGCCAUGUCGGUGAGAGUCUCAAGUUUUACUGCUGCGAGUGUGAAGUAGGCGCUUGCACGGAGUGUUUAACUGUCGACCACAAAGUUGGGGAGCAUCGUUGCGAGCGUAUUGUCGACGCAGAGCCUAAUUUACGGGCGGAACUGCGUACUUUUAUUGUUGAGGCUAACGCUCGUGCCGUCGCUGCAGGAUGUGCGUCGGUCAAACUAGAUGACGCUUUAGGUGAUUUGCAGCGACAGAGAGAUGAUGCUGAAAACAUCAUAAAUGAGGCGUUUCACGCUUAUAAAUCAGCUUUAGAGAGGUGCCGUGAAAAAGCUCUGGAAGAACUCGAAAGAUUACACAAGGAACGAGAGCUGAAAGUAAUGGAUCUAUUCGAUCGCGUCGAUAAAACUGUCCAGCGUAUCGACUGCGCCUGCAAGUUUGCCGCCAGGCUUCUUCGGAGGGGAGAUGGCACUGAAAUCGUCAUGUUGAAGAAAACUGUCGCUUCACAGUUUACACGGCUUUUAGAGGGUGCCCCUGAAUUCGAAGUGGAUUACUCGUUGGAAUUUGUUACGAAAAUGGAAAAAUUUGAUGCGGUAACUGAGGACACCUUUGGCAUUUUCCGCACUGAAGCGACUAGAGCGGAGGAAAGAAAGCGAGCUAGCGAAUCCUCGGCUAUAGUCUCCGUGACCUCGAAUUCUCAUUCACCCGCUAUAUCGGUGACAAAUGCCCCAGUUUUUGAUGACUAUCCAUUGGGUAACGUCCGCCGAGUCACAGGUGUAUCUGUGGGCAGCUUGGUCGGAGUUCCCGGUGUCGGCGUGCCAUCCAUCGGUGUCCCGGGCGUCGGUGCAGUAACCGGCGUGGGUGCCGUACCGAACCCCGGUGUGCUUCCCGGAGUCGUCAACGUGAACAGCGUCGGUGCUGUCACCGGCGUGGGAGGCGUUCCUACUUUACCAUCGAUGGUCGAAUACAACUUGCAGCAACUAGCAAGCAUUGCCGAGAAAGAUGUGCCACCGCCGCCUCACGCAUCGCCGGCGCCCCCGUUCACUCUUGCCGAAUUACUCGCUGGAGAUCUCAAUUCUCCUCAAGCAUAUAAUAAUUUGCAAGCGCUUGCCAAACUCGGAUUAAACGCAGAUGUAAAUGGUUUUGGCGGAGUUGGGGGUGUUGGUAAUAUAGGAGGUGUGGGUCCCCGUGGGGUGUCUCCGGGCAGACCUCUCUUGACUCCUGCAGAGGAGGCAGCUCUGGUCGCACCUCCUGCACCACUCGUCCGCGCUAAUAAAGCCACACCCAUGCAUAUUAGAUUCAAGUUUGGCCAGCUAGGAGGAGGAAAGGGCCAGUUCAACUCGCCUCAUGGAUUCUGUCUCGGAAAUGAUGAAGACAUCAUUGUAGCUGAUACGAACAAUCAUCGCAUAACGGUGUUCGAUAAGUCAGGUAACCAUAAGUUCAACUUCGGAGUGGCGGGCAAAGAAGAGGGCCAACUGUGGUACCCACGCAAGGUUGCCGUCGUGCGCGCUACGGGCAAAUUUGUUGUUUGCGACCGCGGCAAUGAGAGAUCGCGCAUGCAAAUAUUUACCAAAAACGGUCAUUUCUUGAAGAAAAUCGCUGUACGUUUCAUCGACAUAGUCGCAGGUCUAGCGGUGACCGCCGAAGGACUUAUCGUGGCCGUGGACAGCGUUACACCGACAGUGUUUAUCCUGUCCGAAGAGGGCGACCUCAUGAGCUGGUUCGACUGUAGCGAGUGCAUGAGAGAGCCGUCGGAUAUCGCUAUAAGCGGCAAGGAAUUCUACGUGUGCGACUUCAAAGGGCACUGUGUGGUUGUGUUCGACGACGAGGGGCGGUUCCUGCGCCGCAUCGGCUGCGAGAACGUGACCAACUUCCCCAACGGGAUCGACGUGUCGGACGCCGGCGACGUGCUCAUCGGCGACUCGCACGGCAACAAGUUCCACGUGGCCGUGUUCUCGCGCGACGGCGUGCUCGUCACCGAGUUCGAGUGCCCCUACGUGAAGGUGUCUCGCUGCUGCGGCUUGAAGAUCACUUCUGAAGGGUACAUUGUGACCCUCGCUAAGAAUAAUCACCACGUUCUAGUCCUCAACACCCUUUACAUUGUCUGAGGAAUAACUCAAUGGCUGUAAGUCUGCAUACUACAAGAUCUCACAUUUAUUCCCUAUAUUAUUAUUAUAUUUAAUUGCUGAUUUUUACAAAGCUUAACAUUUUUGCUAAACCAGUAUUUGAUUACUUACUUUUUUGUUGUUUUGUGUUUAUUCACGAUAGUCACAUUUAUCUGUUUGCUACGGUGAUCCCAAUUUUCCCAUUUCUUUGUCUUUAUAUGUUAUAAAAUAUUAAUUAAAGACUAAAUUGGCAUCACUGCUAGUAGAUACGUGUAAUCCACAAUGUACUGGAUACGUUUGAUUUACUUCAUUUCACAUUUUUUUUUUAUUAUGAUUGCAUUUAGUUGUAAUAACAGACAAUCCAAAGUUUAGGCUAAUAUCUAUUUGUUUACAUAUGUUAUUAUCCAGUCAAUAUGCACGUUAUGAAAUGAUUAAAAUAAAAGUUUGAUUGUAGAGUUUUCAUAUUUAGGAUAGUUUUGCUUUUAUUAUUUGACAUUGGUUUUUUACUGAAUGCCGAUCGGAUGUAUACACAGCACUGUUUGCUAAAUAUUUUUUUUUUUUUUAAUUUUAAGGCAAGAACAAAACGCUCAGUAUAGAUGUGGGCUAUAGGCUCGGACAAGCGCUAUGAUUCACUGCCAAAUAUGAUUAGUCUAUGAUCAAAUCGAUGCAUAUUUGCACUCCUGACUGUUGACUGGAAUUUCUAUUUUGUUUCUAAAUUUAGCAGCUGGUAUGGUUCCUAGUUCGGGUGAAGUUUAAUAAUACAUGUCAAUUAGGGGUCUGCGUGGUGUGUCGCCUCGAUAGUACAUGCGUUGGCUCCAUACAAACUGUCCGAUUGUAUACGUUUGCUUCCAGAGCAAUAACUUUUUUGGCAAUUUUACCGUUUCUCUCAGUGGCGUAGCGCGCCUUGGGGCCCUGUAUCAAAGUUAGUUGGAGGGGCCCCAAAUGAAAAGUAAAUUUCUCACAAAAGAAAUAAAAUGCUUGCUUAAAUUAAAUAUGACUGACUUUUUAACCUAUGUUUUCAAAUGGGGAAAAAAAGAGAUUUGCUUUUUUUUACUUUUGUCAUUUUCAAACUCCAAAGGCAGUUUUUUUUUCCCGAAAGCACCAGAUUCAGAGUGUCUGGAUUAAAUUUUACUAAUUUUUGCUUUUUACAUGUAAGGGGCCCCUAUAGCCCGGAGGGCCCGUAUCAUUGAUACGGCGGUAGCUACGCCCCUGGUUUCUCUGCUAGCGAAUAUUCGGAAAGUCACGUCUAAACGCACAAUUGAGUUUAUUGUUAGCAAAAAUUUUGUUUAUUAUUAUUAUUAUGACCAAAGGAGGCGACACUGUAUUAACGUGCCAUCUAAUUUAGGUUAAUCGCGUAUACAAUAUUAUAUAUUGUCCGUUAAAAUAUAUUUACCAUUUACAGAUUUCUUGUGUCUAUACAAAACGUUUUUUCGUGUACUCUUGUUUUUAGGAGCCUAUAUAUUUGAAAAUUUUUCAUCACUAGGCUAUUAUAAUAUUGAUAUAUACCGUUUGGUUAAUUUAAAUUUAUCUUAUGCUAAUUAUAUUGGAAAGCCACUGUUACUAAAGAAAUUGAAUAACUUUGUACUGAUAAUAAUUAAAGCAAUACGAAACGAAACUGUUUAAGGUGGCAUUUUCGUGCAUAUAGGAUGAUUAGAAAGAAAAUUGGGAAUUUUAAAUAUUAUAAUAGAUUAGUUAACGUAUUAACGGGUACACGUCGUCACAAAGCUAUUAACAAAGUUCAAUGUGCCGUAUUUCUUCGUUGAAUUAAAAUAUAUUAUACUAGCACUAUAAUAUAUCCAUGAAUGUGCCAUUAUAAACAAAUUUUAUUUCUACAAAUUGAUAUGUUUAAAAUUCGUAUACAGUUCGCCAAAGUAUAUAUAUUUUUAUAGCUACCCACAUUUAAAAUUCAAAAUUGAGAUUCAUAAAAUGUUUAGGUAGUAGAACAAAAAAAAAAUGUUAAAAUUGUGGUUAGUAGAGUAAAAUUAUAAAAAAAAAAAACAAAAAUUUCAUGUAAUAAAUAAUUCUUGGUUUUUAUCUUUUUAGAUGUUUGAUGUAUAUUGGAUAUUAUUACUGAUAAUGAUAUGGUGAAAUAAUAUGUAUUGCAAAUCAUAACGACGAUUAAAAAAAAACAUAUACACAUUUCCAUCGAGGAUUUCGUCUUCCAAAGAUUAGUAUUUUGCAAGUUUUAUUUGUUAACAAAAUUAACUACGACUGCAACGAAAAUCCUCAUAAUCUUAGCUACUCGUUACUAGAUUUGCAAUAUGAUAAAGUACUUAACCAGACCACCUAAAGUUAAAAUGAGUGUGAUAUUUUGUUUACAAUUCGUUUUAAAGUGCUCUCUAGUGAUUCGGAUGUCAAUGAAAUAAAAGACAAAAGUUUCCUUUUACAUAAACAAUAUUUAGCAUAUUAUAUUAUAUUUUUCAACAAUAUUAAGUUCCUGAAUUUCUAUGUAUUAUAAAAUUAAUUAAGCUAUUUUUAAAAUGUUUUUAUUUGGUAUUAAAAAAUUAACAUCAUAACCAAACCAUAUGUGUAUUGCUGAGCCAUAUUAUUAUCAUUCAUGAAAAAAUAUAUUAUAGCAAUUCACUAGUAAUAAUAAUAAUAAUAGUUAACGUGUAAUUUAAUGUGUGUACUUAAUUAGUAAUAUUGUUUUUGUUGCGUAUUGGAACAGUUUUAAAAUACAUUAGCAACACAAAAUGUGAUAUGAGCAAUAAUAGAGAGACAUUAUACUACACAAGGCGAGGGAAGGGAGACGGGAAGCGAGAAUAGGCUAGUUGACACUUUUUUUAAAUGGUCUUAAAUAGUUCAUUAUCGUUCUACUAAAGUAAUUCUUUUUUUUUCGAGACUUAAUUACAUAUAAAUUUUAGUUUUUAAAUAUGCUUUUGACAAUACGAGCAAAAGCGCCUGUCGGCCAUGACAGUCAAUAUUUCAACUGUUUCAUGACGUCUCUACAAUAAAUCCCACACAAAUGGAGCGUUUUGCAAAAAUUAGACGUUUGUGUGUUAGUGACGUCACAAAAUGGAUGACAGCGUUUUUGACGUUAGGAAAAUUUGAAAAAUACAUGAUUUUUAAAUUAAGUUUUAAAAGAAAUCCUUAACUUUUAUUAAUUGAUAUCGAUAUAUUUCGGACCCUUAUUCCAUGUAUUAAACGAAAUUAAUAUUGUUUAUAUUAAAUUUGAUAUGUGUCAACUACGCUAUUCGUUACCCAGUGGAUAAGUUAAAUUUUUGACGUUGAGUCUUGAAUCCUCUAUUUAUUAGUGAGUAACUUUUGGGUUUAUUUUUCUUAUUGUUUUUAAGUUAUUUGUUUCAGGAUUUUUGUCCCGAUAGUAUUAGGGAAUUUUAUUUUCUUUUAUUUUUUUUAAAUAGGUUAUAAAUGAGUCAUUACCCUUCGCGGACGAUAGGUGUGAUUAAUACUCUGAUUUUGUCGUUUAACUGUUUUUUUUUGUUUUAAUAUAAUAUGUUCCAGGCCUAUAUUUAUAGUAUUUUUGGCCAGUGCGAUGGGCCUUUAGAUUUACGAAUUUUUACUGCCAAAUUAUUUUCUUACGAUAUUUGUGCAUGCACAUAGUAAUUAUUUUAUUGUAUAACAUGUGUAUAAUUAGUUACUAAUUGUUGCCAAUUUUAUUUGUUUUAUUAAUAUUCAGGGUUUUAAUAUUAUUAUAAUGUUCAAUUAUUAUUUGUUGUCCAUUGGUCAAAAUUAUAGUGUGUUAGUGACGUAAAAUUAACCGAAAUAUAACUUAAUGAGCCCCAAAGGGAGCGUUUGACGCUAAUAAUAAUAUUGCUUAGGGUUGCAUAAAAUUAUUAAAAGUGAUAAGUUUUGGAUAAUUUUACAAAUUAUACUAUUUUAUGUGUGAAUUUCAAUAAUAAUAAAUUUGAAGUUUUAAAAAUAUACCUACGUGUAACUUUUCAAACUAUUAUUACAUCGGCACCGUUGUCGCGUGUCCGAAAGUAUUAUCGUUUGUAUAAUAUUAUUGAUUUAUCGUCGAGUCGUUUCGGUGAUACUCGCUAUAUCGUUGACAGAGUUUCCUUUUGUUCUUGCCAUGUAUCUUAUGUAGGUGUCGGAGUAGAAGUUUUACGUAGACGUUAGUGAUUUACAAUUGAUAUACAAAGUGCAGAGUAGGCCGCGUCCUAGGCCGCGCCCUAGGGACGUGUCGGAGGGAUUCGUUGUCCGGCUGUAUGUUCGUAUGUUCGUAUGCUGUAGCGAGUAAGCACUUAGUCAUGGGGUAAUGGCAGGUCAAAUGGUAUCUAUUGUCCAUUGACAUUACUUGAUAAUAAUUGUAUCAUUAGAGUACAUUACAGUAGCCUUUCUCGGGAAUCUUUAAAAGUUACCUAUAUACACUUUAAAAGCAAUUUUUUGGUAAAUAUAUUUCUCUUGAAUCUAUAUUCCCUUAUGUAUCCAGCAAUAAAUUACUUCAGUAGAUGUAGUUAUCGCAUUACUUGGCACUAUGGGACUCGCUUCAAGCUCUGGCUUUGAUGGGUUGCCGUCUACGGGAUCCUGUGACCUCGGAUAAGUGAGGUAUUAUUUCACUCUGUACAGAGAUGGCCCAAAAUUGCCCCAAGUGAAAAAUACCGAAAAACUUAAUGAAAAAAGUUAUUUUUUUAAUUAAAUUAAAAAAUCUAGGAACUAGCGGGGUUUCAUAACGAUUUUCACAUCACAAUCUUCGAGAUAGAUAUUAUUAGGUAAUAAGACGUUAUGGUACUCAGUAUGCAAUAACCCCGCUAUUUCUAAAUUCUGUAUUAUUGACUAUUAAUAAAUAAUAGAAUUUAAUAUUAAUCUAGUCAGGAAAACCAACCGCAUUUUUUAGGGCAAACAAUGUAUAGGGCGUGGACCAUCUCCUUAGCACUGAAACGGUUCUUUCUGACUGAUGAAAAGUUUUCCAAGCAAUUAAACCUUCUUGCCUGCUGAACUCAGUCGUAGUUGGAAUGUUGAUUUGUGAUUGAUAUUUUGUUUUAAUAAACUCUUUCGGUGAUGUAAAAAAAACAUUUUUAUUGCGGAACAUCUAUUGGUUCUAAAUUUUGUAUUAACUCGUUUAUUUAGUAUGUUUUUAAUGUUAAACGUCUAAUAUAGAGGGUUAAUGAGUUUUACUUUAGAGUGAAAUGAUAUCUCAAUGCCUCCGGGGUGCAUUUCGGCCAAGCGGAGACUUAGUGCCAGAUAAUGAGAUAUUAGUAGGGUUUGCAGCGCACAAGGUGAGCUCUAAUGUUACCCUCCCUAUUGGAGGUGGGCGUAUUGCCUAUGUUGUGGCACCAAGCACGGCUCGAUGGUUCCGGUGGAGUGUGGCAUCAAUCUGUACUAUCUAAUAUUCACUAUCGGACCGCAUUCUGACUGGGUGGGUUUUGCCGAGUUUCAUUUGUCUCGCAAUCUUCGGUCUGGUUAGGGCACAGUAAGCUGAUCACCUGCUUACCUAACGAGUUAUAGCGAUCGAAUAAUUAGUGGACAUUUAAUUUACGCUCUGAUAAACUGAAUACGUUCAAUUUGUGAACUGUAGUCAUCGUCAAGUCUUCACUGUACGAUAAGUCGUGUCGUAUGUACGUAGCGCGUUAGUCAUGUAGAUAUUCACCCACCUUGACACCACCGACUCAUUGGUCUCUCCACUUCAAACCGACAAUUAAGGUUGUGAGCUCUAUUCCGGUCGGAAGUGUAAGCCACAGAGUGCUUGUGCAAUAAAUAUCACAGUUUGGAUCUAGGCUUUUAAAUUAUUAUAGAUUAUAUACAUUGUUGAGCUGAUUAUAAAAAAAUUUAAUAUAUUAUUAUACCUUUUAAUAUUGUUAAAGAAUUCUAAUUGCAUUCCACAUUUAGAGUGAACGAAUUUGUGAAGACCAUUUUCAAUCUACAUUAUACAAGUUAUUUUUUUUACAAUUGUAGGGUUAUUAGCAGUUGCCAAUGUUUUUUCCUUUAGUCAGUAAAAGUACAAAUAUUUUAAUAUACAAUUCUUGGUAUUUACGUAUUGUAGUAUCUUAUUUUUUUAAUUCAUUUGAUUAUAUAACUGUAAGCAUAAUUUUUUUCACAUAAGCAGCCAUUUGAAUAUAUUCAUCACGCAAAUUAUUCAGUAAAUAACAAAACAUAUCAUAAUGAAUCUAUGUAACUCUCACAAUACGCCACAUGUAGACAGAAAUGAUAUAUAUUCGUUUAACUAAUUACUAUAGUUCACUUUGUGCUUUGGUUUGGUGUAUUGUAGAAUACUUAAGGUAGCCUUCCGCUCUUGGCGACCGCGACCUGCGACCGCGCGACCCACUGCUUAGUAAGAAUUUAUAUGGAACACUAAACAAAGCCCGAGACCGCGACGUGCGACCAGUUUUUUUUAAUGCUCCAUAUAAAAUGGGUCGCAGGUCGCGGUCGCAGGUUGCGGUCGCAAGAACGGAAGGCUUACCUUUACCUUCAGUUGUAACUUGUAGUGGCCCAGUCGUCGAGACCAGUCUUUUGCACCAAUGCACGCCGGCGUUAUAUUUGAUUUGCUUACAUUUGUCGUAAUGUGAGACAGUUUUAUUUUUACUUACUACAUAGUUUGCAAAAUCCGUAUGUUCCUGUGUUAGGUGUAUGUUUAAAAUGGCUUUCGUUUUUAAAUUAGAUUUAAGUUUAUUCUAAGUUUACACUUUUUAAGUUUCUUGUCAUUUUUACAUUAAUAACGAAUGAAAUUUAUUGUAAUUUGUGUUGUGUGUUGAUGUGCAUGUUCCGGAUGCAUAUUUUAAUUUUGAUCCAAAGAUUUCUUUUAAUUAUUAACUCUUAUAAUUUAAUAUUUUUAUUAUUCUGAUAUGAAAAUGACAUUUGUGGAGUGUGCAUUGGUAUUUGAUAUUAGGAUUUAAAGAUUUUUUCCAUAGAAUUGGUGCAGCCGAGCAAAUGUCUACUAUAUUCUCAUAAGAAUAUAUUGCUCAAUAAUUUUAUUCUGUUAAAGUAUUUUAAACUUAGGAGUUAGUCCACUCGGGGUGUAUGUAUAAUGGUGGACUUCGGUGACACAAAUUAUACCUAACAGACAAUACCCUCCGUAAAGUUUGAAAAAAAAAAAUUGUAAGCGUUAAAGAUUUAUUAGAUGUAGUUGCCUUGUAUGCGGUUCGCCGCAAGGGCUGGUCGCCGGGGCGCAACAGCAUCCACACGAAGUCAGGCUCUGAAAGCGUUCUCUAGACUGCGGCCACACGACUCCGCUCCGUUUCGUUUCGUUCCGUUCCGUUCCGUUCCGUUCCUAUCGUUGCAUCAGUAUUCCACAGCCGCUGCCGUGUCCACGGAGCGAGCAGUCUCAGAUAAUGACUUCAGUAUACUAUACCUUGUGUGAUGGUGUUGAAUAUACUAGACUACUUUGCCCCACACUCAACGAAAAAUAUUGUUAUAUCCAUACAGGAGUCUUUGCUGCAUUGUGCCUAGAUCUUAGAAAUUAAUAAUAUCGAGGUAGAGUUAAUCUCAAAAAUUUUGGCUCUUUGAAUAUUCCAUGAUAUUAUUUUGUUUUUUCAUGAAAAUGUAUUUACAUUAUUAUACAUUCAUACACUUAGUGAUUAUUGUAUACAUGAAUAUACAUUGCGUAGUUUGUAAAUUGAUUUUAUUGUAAAAUUAAGAUGCCCAACUAGUUGUAUCUGUCCACUUGGUUCCGCAGGAAUUGAUCGCGUACAUUGUCGUCAUUUUGCACAUGUUUUCGUGUGGACAGGCGUAGAGUUUUUUGUUGACUAGUUGCACAUCUUAUUUUGACCAAAUUAGUCUGCCGUCGAUGUCGCUUGGGAAUAGGCUAGUUGACACUUUUUUUUAAAUGUCUUAAGUUCAUUAUCGCUUUGAGUCCAUUUGAGACGUGAUUACAUGAAAAUAUUAGUUUUUAAAUAUGUUUUUGACAAUACGAGCCAAAACGCCUGUCGGCCAUGACAGUCUAUAUUUCAACUGUUUCAUGACGUCACUACAAUAUAUCUCAUACAAAUGGACUUUCUCGUUUAGUACAUCAAGGGUGUUAGUGAUGUCACAAAAUGGACGACAGCGUUUUUGACGUUUGGAAAAUUUGAAAAAAUACGUGUUAAGUAAAUUGAGUUUUAUAAGAAAUCCUUAACUUUUAUUAAUUGAUAUCGAUAUAUUUCGGACCCUUAUUCCAUGUACAACACGAAAUUAUUAUUGUUUAUAUUAAAAAGUCAACUACCCUAUUUGGUCCAUUGGUGGCGCUCGUCAUUUAUGGCGAGUACAAAUUGUCACGUGACGUUGCGGCCUUUUAAUAUGUAAUUAAGUUUUAUUAUGUAUUGUGAACUGUGGCCAGGAUGACAACAACAUCACAGAGCAGUGUAAUUCAGAGCCUGCCUAAAAUAUAUUUUUGUCAUGAUUUUAUUUAGGUAUAUACAUGUUAUUAUUCACAUAUUACAGUUUUCUCAAUAUUAGCUUGUAUUUUAAUUAAGAAAUAAUCAUAUUUAACAUUGCCAGGUGAUCAGCAACCUGCACUUUAAUAUUUUUGGAAACUAUUGAACUUAAAUUGUACUGACUUUAUAAAUAUAUUUACUUCAAUAAAGAUUUUCCAUGCCACUACAA